UUGUCUUCCAAUAAUGAAAAAGAGAAAGUAUGCGAUUAGGAAGUAAUUAAUGGUAAACGAAAUCAAAGAAAGACACGUUUUUUUCUCUCGGUGCACGUUUAGCACACCUUAGAUAAAAAAAUGCCUCGCCAAGCUCAUAUCCAGAUGAAGAUAGGAACGCCGAGGACCAAUAUGGUCACUCUAGCUAGUACAAUUCAAUAUGAACUUAAUCCCAUUACAUUUGGGAGCUUUCUCCUAGCUAAUUUCUUUUGAUUACAGAAGAGAGUGAGAAGGAUACUCAGAUUCAGAUUAAAAAAGUAGGUAUGCAUAAGGAAGUAUUAGUCCCUCACCGGUUAUAGUUUUUAGGAAUUAGCAACUGAUAUCUAUGACUGGAGGUAAGGAAACUAUACCGCCAUUGAUGAAGUUGUCGGAGGACACUAAAGUAGUGAAGACACCAGAAUAAGAGGACCAGCCUGAGCAGCGUGUGGGGACAUCACAAAAAGGUAAGGAUCUCAAUUAUGUUCCGCCUUCUAUGCGUAAUGGUAAUUUUAUGGUGGAGCUGGUGGAGGUGGGCCUCACAGCUCAGGAUGAUAUUGGAGUACUUCGCUUAUAGGAUGUCUUUGGAGACAUGCCUUAUGAGAAAUCAAUAGAGAAUUAUGUGAGGAAUGUUUGAGAUUUUGUGACGAAGCCCCGUAUUCUGUAUCCUAUUGACGGAUACUACUUUUCUAGUUUAAGACAACUGUUGACCGUGACCUGGUAAUUCACUCGGGCCUUACUCUUGUCACAAUAAACCGUUCAUACUCAUGAACUGGAUGAUUGAUUAUGAAUUUGGACCCAAUUUCGUAAGUUCUAUCCUUUAAUAAUUAAGCACUUCAACUUGAUUAUGUAUAUCUAGGUACUUUAACUCGUUUUCACUGUGUUAAUUGAAUAUUUGGACUUAAUCACUUAGACACCUCCAAAAUUUAUGUUUUAUGUCAGUAUUGGAUGUACAAUGAAAACGAGUUGGACUAUUUAAUCUUUAGUUGAGAGAUCAAGCUAUGGCAUCUUGAUAAGCACUCCUAAAAGUUGAAGUGAUUACUUGCAAGCGGAAACCAAGAUUUAAUAUUUGUUCACCACAAAGUAGGAAAUAUGACGUGGCACCAUGGACCAUUGAUGAUUGGUUACAAUUGGCUAGUUUUCACCAAAGUAUCCCCUCACUAAAUGGAUAAGAUAUACCCCAUCUUUAUGAUGACAAAAUCCAUAAAACAACAGCCUAUCCCCUAAGCCAAAGAUUUUCACAAAACAAUUCACAUGGCGAGCAUUCUCCACCCCUCAUCCUUCCUUUCCUCCUCUUCCUCUUCCUCCACCACAACCACCCCAAAACCACCAGUUCCUCCACCCUUUUCCAGACCCCAAGCCACCUUAUCACCACCCACUAAACCCCUUCUAACCAAACUAACCACCUCACUAACAGCCACAGCAUUAGCCAUCACUAUACUAACAUCCUCUCCUCCUUCUCUAGCAGAUUCCUCCACAACCUACAACAUCUACUAUGGCACAGCUGCUAGUGCUGCCAACUACGGAGGCUACGGUGGCAACUCCGACAAGAAAGCGUCGGCCGAGUACAUUUACGAUGUACCAAAUGGAUGGAAAGAGAGGCUAGUGUCAAAAGUUGAGAAGGGAACAAAUGGAACAGACAGUGAGUUUUACAACCCAAAGAAAAAGUCUGAGAAAGAGUACCUUACUUUCCUUGCAGGGUUUAGGCAGUUAGCACCUAAGGAUGUGAUCUUGAAUAACUUGGCUUUAUCUGAUGUGAAUUUGCAAGACUUAAUUGCUAAUGCUGAUGGGGUUACAUCAGAAGAAAGGACAGAUGAAAAUGGGCAGUUGUAUUAUGAUUAUGAAAUUGAUGGAGUUGCUGGACAUAGCUUGAUUACUGUUACUUGUGCUAAGAAUAAACUGUAUGCUCAUUUUGUUAAUGCCCCGGUGCCGGAAUGGAAGAAGGAUGAAGACACCCUGAGGCACAUCCAUCAGUCUUUUAAAACUGUUGGGUAAUAUUUAGGAUUGUUUUUUUUGUAUUACUAUAUAUGUAUUUGCAUUUGGAAUUUGUCUAUAGAGGAAGAGUUUUGGAAUAUGUAAUAAGUGGGGAAGGAAAAUCAAUGAAGAGAUUUUCAUGUUCA